UACUGCUCUAAUUCGAAGCAAGGGAGAACAACAACCACUUGAUGCAGCACAUGGACAGUAGCCACACACUCGAUCCGAACUCCUACGUGCCAAGCAUGCGAUAUGAAUGGAUCUUGAUAGAGUUGAACUUCCAAGUAGAGCUACCUAAUAUUUUCAUUUGAAAGUGCAGAAUUUUCCCCUAAACUUCUCCACCAAAUACCCUCGCUUCCUCUCUUAGUCAUACUAAAUGAUGCAGAACUUGUUCUCUUCUUCUUUUUUUCUCAAUCAAAAGAAGAAGAGAACAAGUUCUGCGUCAUUUAGUAGGACUAUUUUUCGUUUGUGAUAGAAAUCGAGUCGUUUCUUAAAUUCUGAGGCCUAUGAGAUUGAAAGUGCAGAGUCUUUCUUUCUCUCAGUAGUUGUAGUGAGUCCCAAGUGUAGUUACUGUGCCCACCGUUCGGUUUUUCUUGCCUAAAAAUUCAUAUAGGGCCGGGCGAAUACGUUAUGGUGAGUCUGAGCCUAUAUGGUAAUUAUUAUUAUUCCCCACCUCGUCCUCACCCUAGGACUCUUAUUAUUUCUAAUCUUCCGACAAAGCAGAGUUAAGAAAUUUGGUCCAGAGGAAUGAAAAAUUUGCAGCAAUGUUAGAGGAAGUGACGAACAGCGGAAUGUCGGCGCUUCAGCCAACCGCACAAGCUGGCGCUCUCCUCAAGUUUCUGGCUGAAUUCAUGUGGAAGACCUUGCUUUUGAUGUGGGAAGUUGAAAGGUACUCACUAGAAGUUCGUUGUAAGUAGUUCUACUAGUAGUUGGAGCUUGGCCUUGAUACAACUGGAGGUCGUAGUUCCCUCAUCAUGCUAUACUAGCUUUUUCAUCAUCUCCGUCAGCGUCAUCAGGUUUCUUUUUGUUUUUCAAAAAUUUUCGUAUGCAGCAGGCAACCCAAAGCUUUGACCAAAAAUGCUAUGAACAAUCUUCAGUUCCUUAGAGCAUUCGGACCCGAAACAUCCAAGGCAGAUGAUUCAGUCGCUAAAAGAAGAGAACGACCUGUUCCGGGAAGACUUGGAUGACUGUCGGCGUUCGUAUUUGAAAGAAAUGACUGCGAUGCGUGAUCAGAUCCGCAUUCUAGAUCCACGACAAGUCGGACACAUACAGAAGCUGGUUUAUGGAGAUGCAGAUCCGUCCAAAGGGAUGCCUCCUGAUGACGCUUACAGCGGUGAAAACAUUAUGUGUUGAAGAUUGCUUGGUGCAUGAAAACCCAGUUGAUGCAGUACGAAUAGUUGAAGUAGAUAUGAAGAUGAAACAUCCCCUCCCCCGCCCAGCCAGGACCUCUUGUUCUCCUACAACUUCUAAAAGGAAUGGCGAGCAGCCCAUUAUGUUUUACGAACCGACGCGGUACUUACCAGAUAACCUCCGACAGUUCGUUGCGGAGGUCGUGGAGGAAAAAUUGAAGCUGUUACUUUUCCGAAUAGCCGAAGAUGAUGCUAGUGGUGAUGCGGGGGAACGUGAAAGACGAAGAAGCCUAAUGCAAAUGAGAGCAGAACAAGAACUGAAUGGGGGUAAUUAUAUUUUUCUCCUUCUGCAAGAACAAAAUUUAAAUGCGCCAUGGAUGUAACAGAGGAGGAGGACUUGAAGUAUUUCACUCCACCAGAACCAACUACAGCACGUCUCUUUUGGAAAUUCAGCGAUCGACAGCACCAGAAAGUAAGCCCCAGAAAGUGGAGCCUUUCGCCGGUUGAUUUCGGCUCCACUUUCUGAAGUUGUCUUUGUGGGGCUGUUGAUUUUUCGACACCAAAACUCCGGAAAUCGACAGCCAGACUUCGACAGCCCCAGAAGCAUUUAGACAAGGAUCUUCAUCUGAUGCACUUGAUGCACUACACACUCUCCUCUUCUACUCACCUCCACCAGAACCGACAGCACGGGAGAAGGCACUGAUGCAACAGGUGAAGGAUCUGGAGGAGCUUGCGCAGGCAUAUGCCGGUGAACUUGAGAACAUUGGAGCUGGCAUGAACAAUUUGGCCAAGGACUCCAAAAAAAACGAAACCAGUGCUGCUGUGGCCAGGAUAGAGGGGAAAAUGCAGGAACUGCGGAUGCUUAAGGCUUAAUUACCUAUUAUAAUCCAUCAAUCUUCAUCUUCUGAACAAGAUGAAACACAAACUAACAUAAACAUCCUGGACGAGUGUCGUGAGAGUCUUGCUUUUCAAGGUCGUGCAGAAAAGACGAGGAAAAGGGUGAGCUCUAACAUGCGGAUUUCCAGGGAUCAAGCCUCCAGUGACAUGCUCGGGAAGAAAAUAGGAAUGCGUACAAAGCAGUUAACCUCUGACCAAGAUAUGUUGGCGAAACGAAAAAGCGAAGGUGCUGACAUGAGCGAGUUGAAGCAGAUCAGUGCUCACGCUGAAGAGUUGGAGGCAGAACUGUCAGAAUUGAAACAGCAUCAAACCACGUCGGACGCAGAAUUGAAGAUUAUGAUUUCAUGAUGUCUAGUGAUAAGACUCUGGAUCUGCUAUCUGCUAGAUCAUGGUGUCACUUAACUUAGCAGAUGCAGAUCCAGCUGAUCCAAUUUCUUUAUAACGCCCCUUCACGAUCACGAUCCAUGAUCAUUGUCUUCUUCUAACGGCCGUUGUAACGAUGUCCUAAAGGACCUCGAAGCGCAGCUUCAGACGCAAAUAGAACGCGAGCAGGAAGAAGCGAGACACCGUGAGGAGCAAGAGGCCGAAAAAGCGCGCAAACAGGAGGAGCGGGAGAUGGCUGUAGCCCUAAAAGAAAAAGAACUAGCGGAACAAGCUGCAAAACAAAAAGCUGGAGGAGGAGCAGGGGGUGUGCCAUUAUGGCAUGAUAGGUUAACUGCUCUCGGUACUCAGAUCCCUAGCAGAUGGAUUUGUUGUGUGUGUCCCUUUUUAGCUUAAUCUUCACUGUAAAAAUGUGAAUUUUGCCCGUCGACUCGUAAAGUACUACCCAAGCAUGCUAAUCGUAAUCUGAACCCCUAGUUUCAUCAAGAUGAGACGGAAAAUCGCUUUCGCCCUACUUGAACUUUCUCUAUAAGGCAAGCAGUAACUCCACGACUAUGAAUUUCACGCUUUCUCUAAGAAGACAAGCGGGUGCUGCUGUCGCACCAGGGACUGGAGGUGGGGGCCAAGCUGGUGGAUCCUCAGCUUCACAAGGUGCAGCUGGAGGAGGAUCCACUGCUGGGAAGCUUCUAGGAGGAGGAGGCGCGGCUGCUGGCGGAGACGCAAAGCAGACAACGCAAUUGCGCAGUGCGGUUGGCAAAAUGUUACCCAAACCCGGAGCAACUUUCAAACAAUACCGCACAAAGAUGUUGAUGAUCCGUGCAGUGAUGUCCUCUAUGCAUCAAGGUAAGAAAGAAGCCCUGCAGAAAAUCGGCAUGAUGGAGUGCGAUUUGGAAGCAGCAAAAAAGCGCGCCGAUGAUGCGGAAGCGGAGAUGGAGCGCUUGGCGAUGAAGACUGUCAUGCUUAGUGUUAAGAAAAAGGGGAAAGGAGGCCUGUUUGGACGUGGCGGUGGAGGUGAAGAAAGCGAGGCGGAAAAAGAAGAAAAACGAAAAAUGCAAGCAGAGCUUGAAAGGUUGCGAAAAUUGGUCAGCGAAAGCGAUCUAGAAAAUGCAGAAGGGAGAGAAGGCGGGGCUGUUAUGGCACAAUAAUUCUUGAAAUCUUUCAUCUGACUAGUUGUUGUUGUAGUAGUACUUGUUGAGUGAUAAAGACGAUGAGGAUGUUGACUACAAGAAGAACAAAAGUACGUACUUGAACUUAACUCGUAACUAAAAACCAUUGAUGUCUCGACGAUGAAAUCUCCGCAUCGUUCCUGACUCUCUCUCAUCCUUCUAACUUCCGCAGCAAGAGCAAAGAAAAGAUCAAAGACCUGGAAGAGCAGUUGAAAGAGAAGGAUCGUGAAAUUAAACGGCUGAAAGACGAGAUUGCACGUUUACAAGCUGCGUUGCAGGAGUUGCAGAUGCAAAUCGAACAUGUGUUAUCGGAGGCAAAGAACGGAGGACAAGGAGGCGCGGUGAAGGGUAUGCGGAAGAGAUUUUAUGGAGGCAUGAGAUUGAAAAAGAAGAUCAAACAGGUGCGAUAUAAGAAUUUAUAACGUCAUUAUAUAUACUUCCAUGAUCCUUGUCAAGAAGAAGUGUAUAUCGGAUACAUUGAUCGUGAGGUGAGCUGGUUGUCGAUGAGAAUUUCCGAAGCAAAAGAUCGCACUUGUUAUACUUAUGGCCUCUAAGAACAAGGCGAGCAAUUGAACUGGGUGGUGAAGAGUUCACAUGAGAACGUCUUUGAGAGGCUGUACCAUGACGCCUUGGACCGCCUUACGAGAAUGGAAGUGCUUCGACAAACAUUCAUGAAGAUGCAGAGGGAACAGUUGGUAUGUUUGUAAGUCUUUGCCUGAUGCUUCAUCUCGGUUUGUAGAAUUUCAACCGCUAUUUAUAUUCUUGGCAUCAGGAAGGUCCUCUCCGUCAGAAGAAAUCGUUUCUGUUCUUUUUACUCGCCUCUCGUCUAGUACGAACAAGCACACGCCCCUGACCUCGUCUCUUCCUCAGGUCGACCUAAUUUCCCACGAAGAAGAGAUGGGCAACCUUAAUGUAAAUGGCGCAAAGACCGAGAAAGCUGAACGGCGCGAGAAAGAGGCACGGCAGGCAGCAUAUCAGCUUUAUCUUGCAGAUGAAUUGCAGAAACUAAAGCGGGAACAACUGCCAACACACAACAGAUGGGGCAAUCCGAUGACAGAUGUAUUCUUUUUGUGCGGCGGUUAAAAGCUAUUGAUAAUCCUCAACAUCAACUACAUGUACCGUAGCAAUUAUCAAUGAAAGACGAUUCCCAACCCAUUGACUACACGCCACUUCUUCUUCUUCUUCUACUUCAAUUUUCUUCCUCGAAGAGACGAACACACUAUGACUUUCAUUUCCUCAUCUUCUUCUACUCCUAAUGAAUAUUCAACUUGCUGCUUAUCUUUUCUCUUCCCAGUCUGAAAUGUUGCGGAAAGCACGGGAUCAGCUAGAGCACGUAUAUCCUAUGGGCGUUCCUACAACCCUUCCGGAAAACCUUGGUCCAAAACUACGUCCUUUGUCGGGUCCUAGUGGCACCUUUUCUGCCGAAAGAAGCGCGCCUUUGACGUAAUAUUGCCUAUUAUAUUUAUUUAUUUGUUUGGAAUAAUAUUACGAAGUUAGACGAUUUUUAUGCGUACCCCACGAGGCUAUUCACUUUUUUAUUGUCGAUUUUCUUCUCUCACAACAAGUUCCACCAGCAUCCGUUCGAAAAAAUGAGCCACUCCUCAUUAACUCUACAACUACAGAACCAGCGAACUAAUGCGCUAUCCAGUGCAUAACAACUUUGUGCCUGGCGUAGCGAAUUUUGGACCUCUCGAUUUCCGGGAUCCGCAUCAAAAGUUCCAACCUACAGCAGGAGGACGUGAACAAGUUGUUGAUCCUAGUGGACCCUCCGGUGGAGGAGGAGAUCAAAGACCAGGGUCAGCUGCAAUGCGCAUUCAGUCGUUUACUGCAACGAAAACUGGCGAACCUGGAACGAAUUUCGGAGUGAUUCCACGGAUCUCAGUGUCCGUGAAAACUCCUAAAGACCACCAACAAGGAGAAGAGCAAAUCUGGCCAAGUGCUGAUGGUAUUAAUCCUGCUUACAAAUUAGUCGGUGGUCGGAGGGAGUCGCGUAGUCCUCCCAGAGGAGCAAGUCCGAAGCAGAGAAGUCCACCUGGUGGAGGCGAGCAUGACGAGAAAACUCUAGGAGGAUUGUUCGUUUCCGGAGGUGGGAGUAGAGGACUUGGCAGCAAAGUAGGCGAAGGCGACAUGAAAACCAAGCAGCGACCAGCAUCUAGAAGUCCUCCACCUAAUCAUGAUAGAGGCGGUAGCAGAUUGAUGAAUGAGGUGAUGCUGAAUGCAAAUGGUGUGCCUAUUCUUGGAACAGCAGGAAUGGACUCCUCCGCAGCGGAGCAAGAAUUGGUGUCAGUAGCGGAAGGUACCUUAUCAGCAUCAGUAACAGUGAACACCCACUCCGGUACGAAUAACUUGAGCCAUUCUUAUUAUAACAACAAGCAUGUGCUGACCGGGAAACAUCAACAUCAAGGAGGUGGUACAAACGUGCCAUAUCACCACCUGACGUUCCAUAAUGCUGGAGGCGGUCUAGGAUCGUCAUCGCGUGGCUCGACACGUCCGAGUACUGCUGGAGGGAAUUUGAGUUCCGCAGCUCCUUCAAGACCUUAUUCGGCAGUGCGAAAACCCUCGAAGCGAUACACUGGUCAGCCGAGUGCGCUGCAUGCUGCUAACACUAAGGUUUCCCUUGAUUGUAAUUCAUCUUGACCUUGAGUGAGAAGCAUCUUGGAUUUGGAGCCUUUCCCUAAGUGAGUGGAAAGCACGUCAAUAAAGAUGCUCUCAAAGAUGUUGAAGUAUGGGAAGCUCUAAUAGCGGUGCUGUCGAUUCCGCAGCUUCUAGUCGACCACGCACGAGAGAACAUAGUGCAACGUCAAGAAGUGUAGGAACCGCCGGUGGUGCCUUGUUGUCAGGAGCACCUGUCGGAGGAGUGCAACCAUCAGCACAUCAAAUACCAUCAGGAGGACCAGCAACAGGCGGUGGAGGGCCGAUGAUGUUCUAUAGCGAACAUCAUCCAGUCGGAGCAGCAGAGCGAGAGGUAGGAACAUCCGCUUCUGCUGGACAACCCUACGGAGGAACUGGAACCCCAACUGCUAUCGAAAGGCGACCAAGGGCGUCGACUGGUAGUCUAGCUAGCUCUCAGGGAGAAUCGUCCGUGAAGAGAGGAAUGCAAGGCACAUUCAGUCUGCACAGUUUCUCAUCGCCAUCACCCGAAUUGGUUGCGCCUCCAACUUUUUCUGGUGCAAGUUUAUGGAGGACAUCUUCAACAUGAGUAAGUACCUACUGGUGUAAGAACUUGUUCAUUUGGUUUGCUUGUGCAUGGUGGUACCUACUGGCGUAACUUGUUCAUUUGGUUUUCUUGUGCAUGGUGGUUCUUUAGGCCUUUUUCCUUCAACUUGUACUUAUUCUAACAAUUGGUGGUUCUUUUUUAGGCCUUGUACUUAUUCUAACAAUUGCAUCGAUGAAACUACCUCGGACGUCCUCCAGUGGUGCAGGAGGAGCCUCCAACGGGGGGGUCCGGGGGGCUAGUUCGCCGGGGAAGAACAUCAAGACCUCUUCACGACCACGAACAGCAGACAUCGUACCUCCUGCCAGAAAGUCAAUUCUCCCCGACGUCAUUGUGGAAAAGUGAUCGUUUCGCUGUUGUGGAAUUUGAAAAAGUGACAUCUAACGAUGAUGAAGAGCAGAAAGAGAAUUUAGAUGAAGAACAAAUACUCAAGCAGAAGAUGAUCAGAGAAAGAGUCUAUUGAACGAUAACGAACAAAGUCUUAUGUUGUCAAAAACACACUUCUCUGAAAAAAUAGAUUGAAGUUUCUAGUAAGUAAGUAGCACUUAAGUUUCCUUUCACGUUCUUACACAAAAAGCUUAAAAAUCUUGCGAAAAAUUGAAUAUCAAAGCGACGUGGAUAGCGAACAAGCACUUGUUUUCCUGAUUUGUGACUUACAGCUUCUUCCCUGUGUACUAGUUGUAGAAAUUAGUAGAAUAAAUCUAGUGAGGAUGAUCGAUGUCGAUCACCUGAUGAUCAUAUUUUUGUGUUAGUUUCGAUUUUCGACGUAAAGAAGAACUUCAAUGUUUUUCCGUUUUUGAUGAUUUUGAUUUUGAUAGUACCAGGUAGCCUUAGCUCGAGUAGUAACCGUUCCUCGCUAGAAUUGUUAGCCAUGGUUCUGCUUCUAGUAGUCAGUAGUACUUCUGGUUUCGCCCUGUGGUCUUUGCCCUCAUCAUAGAAGCACUAAUGCAUAGCGAUGAAAUAACUCAGUUAUUGUCGUUGAUUUUCGUGUUUCUCGAGCUCCACCUUCCGUUUCGAUCGAUUGCGUUGUGAUGCAUAGAAGAAGUCUUUUUGCGUUUCGACGCUUGCCCACCAUAUGAGGAUGUCCUUGAAGAACGCGAAAAAAAAGGAUAAUAAACCUUCCCGGGAUCGAUUUGGAUCAUAUUAAAGAAUCAAAAAAGCCCUUUCGGAUUCGGAAGAUGAACAUCAACAUCAUAAAAGAAUUCAAAUUUUUGAAGAAUCAUGCGGUUUGAAGAGGAAGCCAGGGCACCACCUCCAUCAACGCAAGGGAAUC